AUGCAGCGCGCUCUCUCCUCCGUCGCACGAUCCUCUCUCUCCUCUUCCUCUCCAUACUCCAGAUCUGCCGGCAGAAGUUUACAACAACUUCGGUUCGCCCAUAAGGAGCUCAGGUUUGGUGUGGAGGGUCGAGCUCAGUUGCUGAAGGGUGUUGAUACUCUGGCAAAAGCCGUUGCUACUACACUUGGUCCAAAGGGUCGGAAUGUUCUAAUCGAGUCGAGCUAUGGCUCCCCGAAGAUUACUAAAGGCAAGUAG